CAAGCUGCUUAACAAUUAGAGAAAGACAAUUGAUAAUACCACGUCAUAUUGCAUUUGUCUGUUCUAUUAUCUGAUUAAUGAUACCACGUCAUUGUAUUAUAUUGUAUCGUUGUAUUGUAUGCACAGAGCUCAGACAGAGCCCGGACAGAGCCCGGACAGAGGUGAUUUGAUUAGUGAUCGCUAAUAUCCCACUGCUACUGCUACUGCUACUACCACUACUACGUCUUCUCUCUUCUUCUUCUUCUCUUCUCUAUGAUUACUGAUCCAUGUCGUCAUCUCUUGAUUUCAAAGCAUCUGCUUACCUCUCUGAUUCUUCUCUGUCUGUCAACUAUUUAACUGUCUCUGUAUACCACUUCUUCUCUCAUCAUCACUCAUCAUCACAGCAUCUCAAACACCACCAUGUCACCCAAACUUCUUCUCACCGGCGCUACCGGCUACGUCGGCGGCCACGUCCUUGCCCACCUCGUCGCCUUCAACUCCCCCUCCAAACUCGACCUCUCCGCCUUUGUCCGCAAGCAAUCCGACGCAGACAAACUCGUCUCCGUCUACGGCUCAAAUGUGUCCGUCGUCCUCGGCCCUAAUGCCUACGAGGACCCGGCCUUUGCCUCCGCCGUCGCGGAAGCAGACAUCGUUCUCCACCUCGGCAACGCGGCCGACGACCCUGUCUCUGCUGACCUGAUCGCGGCAAAGAUCAAGGACGGCGCGCUGCUCAUCCACAUCUCGGGCUCGUUCGUCCUUUCCGACUUUUCCAAGCUCGACCAGGCACUCACGACCCCGGUCGACGAUAUCAAAGACAUCAAGACCAUCACUUCAUUGCCCGAGUCGCAGCCCCACCGCGACAUCGACAUCAAAGUGCUCGACCUUAGCAAGAAGAGACCGAACGUCAAGACACUGAUCGUCUGCCCGCCCUUGAUCUACGGCCCGUCCAAGAGCAUCGGCCAUAAAGCCUCGAUCCAGAUCCCGCUUCUGAUCAAGAUCGCGUCAAUCGCGAAAGCAAACAAGGUCUUUGGCACCGGCAACGCAAUCUGGAGCACCGUCCAUCUGAGCGACCUCGCAAACUUCUUUGUGACCCUCGUCUCGACCUACAUCUCCGACCCGUCCAAGCUAUCCUACAACGACGAAGGUUACUACUUUGUCGCCAGCGAACAACGCAGCUGGGGCGAGAUCGUCGCCGCUCUUGACGCGCCGCUGGUACACUACGGAGUUAUCCCCAGCGAGAACGUAUCUUCCAAGGAACCCGCGUGGACUGCAGACUCAUUCACGAUCCUUGGAGACAAGUCGUCGUACGUCUACUCGCUCUUUACUAGCAACUCUGUCACUGAGCCUUCGCGCGCAAAGAAGUUGGGAUGGAAACCGGUGAAUGCGGGAUUGUUGGCGGAGAUCGGGCCUAUGGUCAAGUUGUUUUCUGAUGGAGUUGAGUAGUGUACUUUUUGUUUGUAAGUGAGUUGUCUUAUAGAUGUAGUUGUAUUAAUAGAUACAUAAACGAGUUCACAGU